AGUUUGGUUCAAGCUGCUUCGCACUGCGCAGACCGAGCUGCUGGGUCAGGCCGCCUCUGUAAACUCGUAGGGCGUUUCGGCACUUCUCGCCAAGAUGGCCGCCUCGUUCGAGACCCUGUGGCCAGCCUACGAGGCGAAGAUGAAGGGGGACGGUUGCAACGAGGCCGCCAUCAACGCGUUCAAGUACAAUUUCAAGGUGUUGUGCUCGGGCGAAUCCACCAUGAUGCCAGAGGCCUCGCUGGACCCGGUGGCGCCCCUGCCGAGGUACGAUGACCUGGACGUCGCCCUGGAUCCCGAGCUGCUGAAGAAGACCCUCGUCCUGAAGCUGAACGGCGGGCUGGGCACCGGCAUGGGACUGGAGAAGGCUAAGUCCCUGCUCACCGUCGUCGAGGGGAACAGCUUCCUCGACCUCAUCGCUAAGCAGGUGGCGUUCAUGAAGAAGAAGUACAGCCAGCCCGACCUGAAGUUCAUGCUGAUGAACUCCUUCGCCACGGAGGCGGACACCCAGGCGGCCCUGUCCAAGUACCCCGACCUUGGCACCGGCGCCGACUUGUCCUUCGUGCAGAACAAGGCUCCCAAGGUCACCAAGGACGGCUACACGCCUGCAACCUGGCCGGCGUCCCCAGACAACGAGUGGUGCCCGCCAGGCCACGGUGACCUGUACCCUGCAAUGCUCGGCAGCGGUGCCUUGGACAAGCUCCUGUCCGCGGGGCUGAAGUAUAUGUUCGUGUCGAACUCCGACAACCUGGGUGCGACGAUGGACCUCAAGCUGCUGUCUUACUUUAAGAGCACGGGCGCCCCUUUCAUGAUGGAAGUCGCUGACCGCACGGAUGCCGAUAAGAAAGGCGGCCACCUCGCCACUAAGAAGGCCGACGGUGGCCUCACGCUGCGCGAGUCUGCGCAGUGCCCUCCAGAGGACGAGAAGGCUUUCCAGGACACUACCAAGUACGCUUACUUCAACACCAACAACUUGUGGGUCGACCUGGAGCAGCUCAAGGCCCUCUUCGAGAAGGCCGGGGGCGCCAUUCCGCUCCCAGUGAUGUUGAACGACAAGACGGUGGACCCUCGCGACAAGAAGUCCACAAAGGUGAUCCAGCUCGAGACCGCAAUGGGGGCAGCUAUUUCCUGCUUCGCAGGCGCCAAGGCGAUCUGCAUCCCGCGGACACGCUUUGCGCCAGUGAAGAAGUGCGACGACCUGCUGGCGCUGCGGUCCGACGCAUACAUCAUUACGGAGGACUCCCGCAUCGAGCUGGCGCCCGAGCGAGGUGGGGUGCCGCCCCUGAUCAAGCUGGACGACCGGUACAAGUUCGUGGACGCCAUGGACACCCUGAUCCCCAACGGAGUACCGUCGCUCAAGUUCUGCAAGAAGCUGACGAUCGAGGGCGAGAUUGAGUUCGCCGCUGGCGUGGUGCUCAAGGGCGAGAUCAAGAUCAAGAGUUCCAGCGAGGGCAAGAAGGUCGUGGCCGCGGGCACGUACGAGAACACCACCAUAGAGCUCUAGGCGUGCCGCUGACAUGUGAGCGAGCCGAGUGCUGUGGAAGUUGCAAAGCUGGCUUCCGUGGGCACACGGCCACCUCGAGAGCCAUAGUUCGGAGACGCGUUCCAGAUCGAGCGCCCUCCAAUUUAUAAUUUAUCAUUUACAGGAACGCGGCUUGUUGCAGCCAUCUUGAUUAGGACGUUCCACGAUUCCCUCCCUAACUCCUCCAAGAUAGAAUCCGGAUCUGUUCCCCAUGCGUCCCUCACUCCCUCCUUCCACCUGUCGUCUCCCUCCUGGAGGCCCCAGUUGGCGAGGCGCCAUUUUUCCCGAUAGCAUGGGUUUGCCCAGCACGCGGCUACAGAUUCUAGCAUCUUGCUCCAGCGUCGCCGAGAGUUUAGUCGCAUGAGCUGGAUGAGGCCGAGGAGCUUCGCCCAAGCUCUCCCUACACUGAUAGAGGGGGCGGCUAGUUUGGAUUCUUCGGCAGGGGGCAGCGAUGAGCAGAGCAAAUCAACAACAACAAAAUAAAUUCUCAGCUGUUUGCCCGAUAUGCAAGGACCUGGACGGCUUCAGCGUGACAACGAGAGCAUUGCCAGUGAAGCAACCAGACAGGCGAUGAAAGACCAAAUCGUCGAGAGACGGAGAA